AUGGAAGCUAUUGGCAUCAAAGAUCCUUUCGAACAGAAGUCUAAAAGUGAAAUCGAUAAGGCAGUAAACGAUCAUUUUAUAGCAAAUUUAAGAAAAGAUGACGAGGGAAGAUAUGAAGUGAAAUUACCAUGGGUACAUGACAAAAAUCUUCCUGAGUAUAGAGAUAUAGCUGAAAAGAGACUAGAAAGAACAACAACAAAGUUAAAAUUGGAAGGAAAAUAUGAUGCAUAUAAUAUGGUACUCAAGGAGUGGUUAAAUGAUGAUAUAAUUGAAAAGGUACCACUUGAAGAAUUGCCAAAAUCUGGUUGCUACUUGCCACAUAGAGGGAUUUUCAAGGAAAAUUCAACAACCAAGAUCAGACCAGUUUGCGACGCAUCAAACAGAAGAAAAGGCUUUCCUUCUCUCAAUGAUUACCUUGAAAAAGGUCCUAACACCUUGGAAUUGAUCCCGUCAUUGUUAGUAAGAUUUAGAGAAAAAAGAAUUGGAAUUAUAUCUGACAUAAAAAAGGCUUUUUUACAGAUAGGAAUCAAUGUAGAAGAUAGAGAUUAUCUUAGAUUUCUGUGGUGGAAGGAUAGUGAAAGUAAAACAAUACAAGUUUUGAGGCACCGCAGAUUAGUUUUCGAUCUUACGAGCAGUCCGUUUAUUCUUGGAUCAGUUAUUCGGCAUCAUCUGGAAAACUCAUGCAUCGAACAUAAGGAAAUUGCUGAAAUGUUGUUGAAAUCGUUUUACGUUGACAAUUGCGUUACAUCGUUGGACACAGAAAGUGAAGCUCAGCAUUUUAAAGAAGUCUCUACACAGUUAAUGGCAAGCGUAAAAUUUGAAUUGAGAGGCUGGGAGCUUACUGAUUUCAAUGUCUCAACUUCUGAAUAA